AUGAGCUUCGCACCCAUCGACAAGAUCCACCAGGCGCUCCACGCCUUCCACAUCCCCUCCACCGACCGCACCAGGAGCGUCCCCUCGGUCCACUACUGCAGCUGCUCUGCGGACGGCAACAUGUUUCAGUGCCUCGUCUACAACUCGGACGCGGCCGACGCCAAGCUGAUCGGCAUCGAGUACAUGGUCGACGAGUCGAUCUUUGUCACGCUGCCCGAAGACGAGAAAAAGUACUGGCACUCGCACAAGCACGAGGUGUCGACGGGCACGCUCGUCUGCAUCGGCCUCAAGGGCGCCGCCGGCACCGUGGCCGCAGGCAUCAAGGCGGCGGGCGAGGCAACGGGCCUGUCGCGCACCACGGGCGGCGGCGUGCCCGACGCGGCCGAGCAGAAGGUCAUGGAGCGCAUCUACCGGCUCUACGGCAAGAUUGUCCACACCUGGCCCGACCCGGACGCGCCGCUGCCCCUCGGCCCGCCCCUGCUCAUGAUGUCGACCACCGACACCUACCCGGGCCCCAGCUGCCAGAGGGAGAUGCUCAGGAAGCGCGACGAGCACUACGGCAUCGACACCGAGUCCAAGAGGAAGCACAGGCACACGUUCCUCGACCUCGACUACAGCAUCGCCCAGGGCGCAGACCAGUACGACGCCACCGGAGAGGCGCCCGAGUUUGUCACGAGGGUCGAGAGGAUGAAGACUGAGUCAAAGUGA